GGGUCGCACACACCCACUUUUACCCAGAGACUUUCAGCCUUGCGCAAACACACAUCUGGUGAAGUGUGUGCAGCUGUGUCCGCUCAGGCUACAAUGGCCAAGACCGGGGAUCUGAAAACGUUCCUAGAGUCUUCACUGAAUGAGAUUUUUAAAGCCACGGUGAGCGACAUCCUGGACUCAGUCGACCGGACACUGUCCGAGUACCAGGGCACAAUACAAAGGAUCGAGUCUGAAAACGAGGGCCUGAAGCGGCUGCUUUUUGCACAGACGAGCACAGAGUCUGCACCUGGAGAUCUACAUGAAGAAGAGGCCACUGAAACCUUUUCAGCUGCAGAAUGGGGGAGUCAUCCCAAUGGUAUGUUCAAGGUGUCCAUAUGUAGCAGUGACAAGAAGAGCAUCAAGAGGAAGAGCAAAGAAAAUAUGAGGGGGGGGUUGCCACCUUCAACCCUUUUUCUGCAGACUAACCACACAGUACAGCAUCUGUGCGUGAACUCAACAGGUAUGGAAACUGGGAUAUCCAUAAAGUCAGAUUUGGAUGAAAGCCAGGCUAUUGAUCUCUCUCAGGCGUCAGCACUUCUGAAUUUGACAAUGAAGCCAAUAAAAAAUGAGAGCACAGAGGUCAGGUGUGACAGUCGUGAUGAAUACGCACAUCAGCAGCCAUCCCCGGGGCCCAGGCAUGAGUACGGUGGUGAUGAGGGCGAUGUUAAAGUCACCAUUGUUUCAGAUCAAUACAUGCAGGAUGGUCAGUUCAUAAAGACAGAGGAAGAGGAGCAGAACGGGGACAGUUUCCACCAGCGUGAACUGAGGUAUGAGUCAAAAAAUUACCCAGAAGCAGAGGGGGAUUCAGCGGCGGGGCGGAGGCAUGUGUCUGAGCCAGAAGCAGUGACCCCCAAAGGAGACGAUUUACCUGCUGUUCCUGUAGAGGAGUUUUUAGAAGUUUGUGACAACUUUUUGCGUUGUCCCACCUGUCCCAAAACGUUUAGUCGAGCGACCUCGCUCAACAUCCACAUCAAGACCCACAGCGGCGAGAAGGCUCACAGCUGCAGCUACUGUGGAAAAUGCUUCAGCCGGGCCGACCUCCUCAAAGCCCACAAGCGCACUCACACGGGAGAAAGACCCUACAGCUGCAAUCUGUGCAGUAAAACCUACGCUCACCCCAGCCAGCUCCGGAUACACAAACGCAUCCACACCGGAGAGAAGCCAUAUUGUUGCUCGCACUGCGGGAAGCGCUUCAACGAGCACAACCAGCUGAAAGUUCACCUGCGGACCCACACCGGGGAGAGGCCAUACGGCUGCCAGGAGUGUGGCAAAACAUUCAGCAACGCGGGAAACCUGCGCAUCCAUGAGCGGAUCCACACCGGUGAGAAGCCGUAUUGCUGCGCCCAGUGUGGUAAGAGGUUCAACGGCCUGGGUGACCUGAAAACACAUUACAGGAUCCACACUGGAGAGAGGCCGUACAGCUGUGAGCUGUGCAAGAAGACCUUCAGCCAGGCGGGCCACCUCACCAUCCACAUGCGGAUGCACACGGGGGAAAGACCGUACAGCUGCAACGAGUGCGGCAAGAAGUUUACAGUGGCCAGCAGCCUUAAAUUGCACCAGAGGACUCACACGGGCGAGAAGGAGUACAGCUGCUCAUACUGUAGCAAGAGCUUUAGCAGGUCCGGUCACCUGAAGAGACACGAGCUGGUCCACACCAAGGAGAAGGUCUUCCUCUGCAGUCAGUGCGGGAAGACCUACACUGACCAGUCCUCCCUGAAGAAGCACCUGAAGAUGCACGUAACAAAAGAGCAGGAGGCUCAGAGUGAAGGAGGCACGUGUGGGGCUGAAAGGAACUUGGACCGACCCGCAGCCUCAGAGACGCUUUCAGACACUCUUAGAAAUUAAAACUGUAGGAGGUGAGUCAUUUAAAAACUGACAAUGAGUACUGUAUGUGACUGUAGUCAAUGCGAUAAUGGUACACUUACAAGCUUUUUUAGGGUUUUUUAAGCACAUCUAGCUGCCUACUUCUGCAGACGGAGUUUGACUGUACUACAUGUAAAUGAGGUGCAUGAGCUGUCACCUUUUAUAUCUCAGCUUAGGGGGAAUUCCAGUGAAAGGAUGUGAGACAGGAGGCUGAGUAAGUGGCAGAUUUCUAACUUGAUCAGAAAGCAGAAAAAAAAACUUCCAUUUACAUAAGCAACAGAGCCAGUUGGGACUACAGGUGCCAAAGUCGUCUAGAACCACUAAGCACAAACUCCUAAUGUAAAUGCUGUACUGCUAGUGUCUCAAAAAUUCUCCAUCUAUUUAAAAAACAAAAUCGAGUUCAGGGUUGCAAGGGCGCUAGUCACGAGUCCAUCACUUGGCUUAUCAUAAUUAAAAAACUUAAAAUGUAAUAGAAAAUAAAAACCAAACUAGCCGGCCUGCAGAUUUGAACACAGCAUUCAUAUAUGUUGAUCAUAUAUGAAUGCUUAUAAAACAAUAAUAUUUUUACAUUGUCAUAAUAUUGUUGUAAUAAAGGAAAAAAUGUGCAUAUAAUAAUCUUAUAGCAUUUCUUACUGGCGCUUGUCACAUAAAUAUAAAGAUUUUAGAUGCUCUUUAAAAACUACAAACAUUCUUAGUGUUGUUGCACUGAGCACUGAGGGAUCUUCCAGGAUUGUUGAUCCUGUUUUCCAGAGAGCUGAUUGGUCAGUGGAGUUUGAUCUGAAAGAUUUUUUCUCCUGGAGUUACCGUAGUGAUAUACCCCCAUUAACCACGUGUUUCAGCAUGAACCCCGUUAAUGCUGAAACACAGGGUUAAUCCUGAAGUUACCUUGAUAAGCCCAAAUCCUGCUUCAUUGUAUGAACCUCUAAAGCCUCAUCUGCAGAAAAAAAUCUGUCACUUAAUUCUGGCAUGAAAACAACAAACUCUGAAGGUUUCUUCAGAGUACAGCUAGUACUGUGAGCUGUGGUUAAAAGCUCCAAAAAGCCUGUAAGUGGAACUGAAGUUAACAUUAAUUUGUGCAACUACUGAUCCUGAUGUUGUGUGUGUGUGUGUGUGUGUGUGUGUGUGUGUGUGUGUGUGUGUGUGUGUGUGUGUGUGUGUGUGGGGGUUCGUACUAUCCUGGUGGGGACCAAAAUCUGACUUUUACUAUCCUGGUGGGGACCAAAAUCUGACUUUUACUAUCCUGGUGGGGACUUUCUGCACCGUGGGGACCAAAAUCCAGGUCCCCUCAGGGUUGAAAGCAAUUUUCACACUCAAAAUGCGGUUUUACUGUCAGGGUUACAAUUAGGUUAUGGUUAGGUUUAGGGUAAGGGUUAGGGUUAGGCAUUCAUUUUUAAUGGUUAGGGUUAGGGUAAGGGGCUAGGGAAAGCAUUAUGUCAAUGGGAUGUCCCCACGAGGAUAGCAAACCAGACGUGUGUGUGUGUGUGUGUGUGUGUGUGUGUGUGUGUGUGUGUGUGUGUGUGUGUGUGUGUGUGUGACAGUGCAAUACACUGUUGUCCAGUCUGUGCUGUAUUAAUCUAUUGUAAAUGGAAGAAAAUCUGUUUCCUUUGUAGCCCUGUCUGUCAUAACACACUGGUUUUUUUAAUGUACCUUUACUUUGAAAGACAAAUUAUUGACUUUGUUUAAGACACUAAGUCGUUGCUACGAGAUUAAAUUCAACAGUGGCUCUGUCUAAAAUUUUUAAUUUAACAUGAUUUGCCCGCAGGGGGGCAGCACCAGAAUAACACUAUAAUUAUGUCACUCACAGGCGUAUUCACUUAAUAAUGAACAGCGUGGUCAAAUUUGAUUAAUUUAGUGCUGUAUAUAGCUUUAACUAUAGAGUUAGCACAUGAUCCUUUGACCUGAGAGGAAUGUAUCUGUGUAAUAACGUCACAAAAAAAUGUUUCUAUCAAUAUUGUAACUGUUUAGUAAGUCAUGCUGAUCUUAGAGGAUUAGCUUAGGCUUGCUAACAGUUACAUACAGCUGGGUAAAAGCCCAUCUUCAUGAUUGUUGUGGGACCUGCUUGUUGUAUAUCAGUUUAUAUGAGCAGAUGUGUCCGCCUUUGUGCUACUUAAAGCCUGUUUGUGUGAUCUGUGUCUAAAUUAAA